AUGUCAACUCGAUUAGAAUCCUCUCAGGAAUCACCCCAUUCACUCCGGGAUGCAUUACGUGCGGCCAAUGGAGGCAAACCGCCGUACAGAACCCCCUCAGAUAUUACGAGCGAAGAUGACUAUGAUGAGCCAAAGCUAUCCAACAAGUACCCCAACAGCCGAAAAGAUAUCGGUCCUGGCACGUCGCCGCUAAGAAAUUCACCGAAACAUGACCGAAAACUUUCCCUCGAUGGUUCGACCUUGUCCGAAGCCUCGAGUGUUGAUGAGCCCCAUAACAGAGGAGCCGGCCAAAAAGAUCUCAAGACCUAUGUGCUAUCCGCUGAUGAUCGAGAGCUCCGUGAUAUCAUCAGACGUGGCCUCGAGAGGGAAAAAGAUCCCAAGCGGCCACGGCGGCCAGGCAAGUUUAGCGAUUUGGUCUUUACACGCCAGUUCUCUACCUUUGAUAGGCAGAACCACCAAGCAGCGAAUAGCCUCUUUCAUGGCUUCUAUACGCUGUUCUGGCUGGCUGUGGCGCUCUUCGUCCUCAAGAUCGGUGCGGCGAACUGGAGAGCCACAGGGAAUCCUUUAGGAACAAACGAGAUCAUGAAGGGCAUGUUCCGAAGGGAUGUGGUUGUUCUCUUGGCAUCUGACGGAGUCAUGUGCGGUAUCACAGGCUUCAGCUGGAUCCUGCAACGCCUCAUCUUCAGCGGCUACCUUGACUGGGAUCGGUCUGGUUGGAUUAUCCAGAAUAUCUGGCAAACCAUCUUCAUCGGUGGCGUCGUCGGCCUGACCCUCAUAAGGGACUGGCCUUGGACACAUACCGUAUUCUUCGUUCUGCACGGCAUCGUCAUGCUCAUGAAGCAGCAUUCGUACGCCUUUUACAACGGGGACCUGUCUACGGCCUACAAGAAGAGAAAGUACCUUCUCUCCAAGCUGAAGCAGUUGGAGCAGGUGGCCCCCAUCAACUCGCCGUCUGCCACCAGCCCAUCAGCGUCUACCAUUUCAUUGUCGCACCUGGCCAACCCACCGUGUGCGGCUGAAAUGGAGGGACGCCGACAGUCCGUCAACCACGUCCGCAGCUCCGAAACGACAGACCUUGACCGAAUCUCGCAGGCCAUCGAGUCUGGGGAGCCGCUGGAUGCCGAACAGGUCCGCGUGUUCGAGCGCAUCAUCAAAUGGGAGAUUGACGGGCUCACCGACGAGCUCAAGGGUAAGGCUACGAGCGUCCUGCGGGCGUAUCCGAACAACCUCACAGCUGCGAAUCAUUACGAGUACAUUGUACUGCCGACGGUCGUAUACGAGCUCGAGUAUCCCCGCUCCGACUCCAUCGACUGGUACUACGUCGCCGAGAAAACGGCGGCGACUUUUGGCAUCAUAUUUGUCAUGAUUAUGGUCUCGCAAGCUUUUAUCUAUCCGGUUGUGAUGCAGACUGUGGCCAUGAAGGAAGUAGGCAUGCCGCUGGCCGAACGCUUCCGUUAUUUUCCCUGGAUGCUGAGCGACCUUGUCUUUCCGUUCAUGAUGGAAUAUUUGAUGGCUUGGUAUCUCAUCUGGGAAACCAUCCUGAACAUUCUCGCGGAGCUCACUUACUUUGCCGACAGGAGCUUUUACGAUGCGUGGUGGAACAGCGUCUCUUGGGACCAGUUCGCCCGUGAUUGGAAUCGUCCCGUUCACAACUUCCUCCUCCGCCAUGUGUACCACAGCUCCAUCUCGUCAAUGAAGGUGAACCGACAUACGGCAACCCUCAUCACCUUCUUCCUCUCGGCCUGCGUCCAUGAGUUGGUCAUGUGGUGCCUAUUCAAGAAACUCAGGGGCUAUCUCCUUUUUCUGCAAAUGUGCCAGCUGCCGCUUGUCCAGCUAAGCCGCACGCGGUGGCUGAAAGGCCGCAAGACGCUUGGGAAUAUCAUGUUUUGGUUCGGCAUCUUCACGGGUCCAAGUCUACUAUGCAGUCUCUACCUUAUCCUGUAA